UCAAAAUCAAGUGUUUCUGAGUAAAGAAAAGAUAAAAUGGCAUCAAUGUUGCUUAGUCGACAACUGACCUGUUGCUUGCAGCAAAACUCCAGGCUGCUUGUAUUUGGACACAGAUAUAUCAGUCAAGCUGCAGCUAAAAUUGAUGUGGAUUUUGAUUAUGAUGGACCUCUAAUGAAGACAGAAGUUCCUGGACCACGAUCUAGAGAGUUAAUGAAGCAGCUGAAUGGAAUUCAGAAUGCAGAAGCUGUACACUUUUUUUGCAAUUACGAAGAGAGCCGAGGGAACUACCUAGUAGAUGUAGACGGCAAUCGCAUGCUGGAUCUCUACUCUCAGAUUUCAUCCAUCCCAAUAGGUUACAGCCAUCCCUCUCUGAUAAAGCUUCUACAGCAGCCACAGAACUUGAGCACUUUUAUCAACAGACCUGCCCUAGGGAUUUUACCUCCAGAGAACUUUGCAGAAAGACUGAAGGAAUCUUUGUUAUCGGUGGCUCCUAAGGGCCUGCCACAGGUGAUCACCAUGUCUUGUGGAUCCUGCUCUAAUGAAAAUGCCUUUAAAGCAAUAUUUAUGUGGUACAGAAACAAGGAGAGGGGCCAUAAUAAUGUCACAAAAGAGGAACUGGAAUCUUGCAUGAUUAACCAGCCCCCCGGCUGCCCCGACUACGCCAUGCUCUCCUUCAUGGGCGGCUUCCACGGAAGGACCCUGGGUUGCUUAGCUACAACUCACUCUAAAGCAAUUCACAAACUGGACAUUCCAUCACUGGACUGGCCUAUUGCUCCAUUUCCAAGGCUAAAGUAUCCUCUGGAAGACUUUGUGAAAGAGAAUCAACAGGAAGAAGCCCGCUGUUUAGAGGAGGUGGAAGACUUGAUUGUAAAGUACAGGAAAAAGAAGAAGAUUGUGGCUGGAAUCAUUAUAGAACCGAUACAGUCAGAGGGUGGGGACAAUCACGCGUCAGAUGACUUCUUCAGAAAGCUACGAGAUAUUGCCCGAAAGCACGGCUGUGCGUUCUUGGUGGAUGAGGUGCAGACGGGAGGCGGCUGCACAGGAAAAUUCUGGGCACAUGAACACUGGGGCCUGGAUGACCCAGCUGAUGUGGUAACGUUCAGUAAGAAGAUGAUGACAGGAGGAUUUUUCCACAAAGACGAGUUCAGGCCAAACGCUCCCUAUCGGAUUUUUAAUACCUGGCUUGGAGAUCCAUCCAAGAACCUUAUGCUUGCUGAAGUCAUUAAGGUUAUUAAGAGAGAAGACCUUCUAAACAAUGCAACCCACGCUGGGAAAGCACUGCUGACCGGGCUGCUGGAUUUACAGGCUCGUUACCCCCAUCUUAUCAGCAGAGUGAGAGGAAGAGGAACAUUCUGCUCGUUUGACACUCCAAAUGAUGCAACUAGAAACAAGUUAAUUACAAUAGCCAGAAACAAAGGUGUUGUGCUCGGAGGCUGUGGUGACAGAUCGAUUCGUUUUCGUCCAACACUGAUCUUCAAGGAUCAUCAUGCGCACCUCUUUCUGAACAUUUUCAGUGACAUCUUAGCAAACUUCAAGUAAAAAGCAGUUCACUGAACAGCUGAUUAUGAAAUUAGUUUGCAUUAAUUCAUGUCUUCUCUACUUACAAGAUAAGUGUAAAGUCAUAAACUAAGGUUUGUGUUCUGUCUGUAAUCCUGCCCAAGGCCAGCUGCUCCAUGCAAACUCGACACAGGCAGAGCACCAGUACUGGUCACCAGCAGGUACACGCAGCUGUCCCACACUGUGCAUUUGUAGAAGCCGUCUUCUGGCUUGGGUCAUGUUAAUGGCAGAGUCCUCUCUACGUUCCUGGUCCUGAUUCUUUGA